GAAAGAGCCAAUCAGAGAAGCGCUACGUGGGAUUUAAACCGUAUGGCGUCAUCUGCACGAAAUUCAAAUUUCGCAGAGAGACGAGGAAAGGCGAGUCGUUCUUUCAAACGAGGAGUACACGUUUUCACUCGGAGGAGAAGUUGGUUUGUGAACAAGAUGGCGCAGUUUGGGUUUGAGAACGACAUCCACAGCAUCCUGAAGCUCGACAUGCCGAUCACAAACGCUCCCAUGGCGAGGUGGCAGAGGAAGGCCAGCUCGUCCAGCACGUCCGCCGGCCUGAGCGGCCUGUCGCCUGGAAACUCUACCAAUGUGUCGCUGAGCUCAUCCAAAACUCCCACCAGAACACCGGGUAAAGGCAAGAAAACGCCCUCGAAGAUGGGAGGCGAUCGCUUCAUACCCAUUAGGAACAACAAACAGAUGGACGUGGCAAAUUUCCUGCUUACAAAAGAGAACGAACCCGUGGAUGCGACCAAUACUGUCUCGGCAGAAAGCCAGAAAGUUUGGUCUGUGACGCUCAACGGCUACAACAUUGAAGAUGCAAAGAUCCUGCACCUCGGAGGGAAGCCCCUGAACGCACCAGAAGGCUAUCAAAACAACUUGAAAGUCCUCUACAGUCAGGUUACGACGCCUGCCUCUCUCAAAAAGACCAGAUAUAUAUCUCCAACUCCUGAAAGAAUCUUGGACGCCCCUGAUCUUCGAAAUGAUUUUUAUUUGAAUCUUCUUGACUGGAGCAGCCAAAACGUUCUUGCCGUAGCACUUCAUAACAGCGUUUACCUCUGGAAUGCAACCCAGGGAGACAUUCUUCUUCUUAUGAAGCUGGAGAACGAGGAGGACUACAUCUGCUCGCUGUCCUGGACCAAGGAGGGAAGCUACCUGGCUGUUGGCACCAGUGACUGCAAGGUUCAGUUGUGGGACGUGGAAAAUCAGAAGCGCCUGCGCAGCAUGGCUAGCCAUACGGCUAGAGUUGGCAGUCUGAGCUGGAAUGACCAUAUUCUCUCCAGUGGCUCCAGAUCCGGACACAUCCACCACCAUGACGUGAGGGUGGCAAACCAUCACAUCGCUACGCUUGCUGGGCAUUCACAGGAAGUGUGUGGCCUCAGGUGGUCACCAGAUGGGCGAUACCUGGCCAGCGGCGGCAAUGACAAUCUGGUGUGUCUAUGGCCCCGUGUGCAGGAGGGAAGCUCUGGCGGCCGCUUUGGUCGCUUAAUCCGCUCCUGGAGCGAACAUCAGGGAGCAGUCAAGGCUUUAGCCUGGUGUCCCUGGCAGACAAAUAUUCUUGCAUCUGGCGGUGGCACCAGUGACCGCCACAUUCGCAUCUGGAACGUUAACACAGGCUCCUGCAUCAGCUCGCUUGACACUCAAUCCCAGAUUUCAUCACUUGUGUUUGCACCAAACUACAACGAACUGGUCUCUGCACACGGAUACGCCCAUAACAAUGUUGUCAUUUGGAAGUAUCCGUCACUCACUAAGGUUGCAGAACUUAAUGGCCACGAGAGCAGAGUUCUCAACUUGAUCUUGAGCCCAGACAAUUCAACUGUAGCCACUGUUGCUGGAGAUGAAACCAUUCGUCUGUGGAAGUCCUUUGAAAUGGAUCCUGCAAAGAAGAAGGCCAAGGAGAGGGUGGUUCAAUCGGCUGGGGGCGUCAUUCGUAACUCCAUCAGAUAGUUUCUCUUGUAUGUUAUUAUUAUUUUUUUUUUUUGAGAGGUUUUAUUUAUACUUUUUUUUUUUUUUUUUUAAACUGCAAUAUGAGUUACACCCCCACCUGCCCCCAGUUCUUGCUACUAUUGGGUAUUUUAUUGGUGUUUAGUCUCAAUUGUUUAGAGAACCUGAAUGGUGUGAGGGUGUUUUUGUGGGAGCAUCAUAACUUGUGUUUUUAAAAUGUUCAUUGAACCAGGCUUUUAAUAAAUGUAUCAAAUUAUUUUCUUU